AUGGAUUUAGAAGCAGAGUGUGAAGAGUGUAAGACAUAUUUCAGUACUUUGGAUAUUGUAUGGCAGAAGGUGUUGAAGAAAAAGUUUCUUGAUUCCUUACAUCCAUACAUUAAUGACAUUGUUGAUGUCGGUGACGAUGGAAAUUGUGGUUUUUGGGUUAUUGCAACUUUACUUGGAUGGGGCGAAAAGUCAUGGCCUUUGAUUCGUACGCAUUUAGAUACUCAAGUUCAUCAACACCCUCAAUUGUUUUCGAAUUUGUUCUAUGACACAGUUUCUAUAGUUAAGAAUGUGUUACGAGUAGAACACUUAGGUAUGCAAGGUAUUGAUAAAUGGACGAGGAUUCCUGAUAUGGGUUAUCCUAUUGCUUGUAGAUACAUUGUUGUAUUUGUCUCCCUGUCAAAGAGACUUAACAUCACAUUUUCCCCUUUUACCUUAGCUUCACCUAUGUAUACGAGCAUGCAUAAAAUCAUUGAUGUUGGUUUUGUCAAUAACAAUCAUUGGGAUCAGGUAAAAUUGAAACCUGAUUGUCCAUUGUUGUCCGUCACUGACCAUUGGAGACAGUACUAUACUGAAGGUGUAAAAACAUGGGAAUCAACAUAUCCAGGAUGCAUUAGGCACUGA